UUCCAUUUCCUCUAUUAUUUGGGAACGCACUCCAACACAGAGCGGAAGACACGCAACGCUGAAGAAAACAAUGUAAACCAAAGAUAUUCUCGUAGCUACCUCAAACACCUUUGAUCAAAUUAAACUGUAAUUUAUGAUAGGAACAUGCGAUAGUGUCAAUUGUUAGUUCGAAGUGGGCGGUGAGCUACUGUAGAAGCCCAGUGUAGCGGCAGCGAGACGAGGUGCACCGCCUCUCGACCAGUCUAGACUGCCGCUGUCGCUUCCAUUUCUCUGGUGUGUUGUGGUUCGAAAGGCGAAGCGUGCUGCAUAGGAACUUGGCUAACAGUUCUUGACACUAAACAUACGGGUUGGGAUCGAUGGCGGACCUAGAACCAUCACGACAACAUGGGGAGACGGAACAGAUUGACGAUGCAGAGUUGGCAUUUAAAGGAAUAAACAUGCUGCUUAACAACGGAUUCAAGGAGAGUGAUGAACUUUUCAGAAAAUACAGGACCCACAGUCCACUGAUGAGUUUCGGAGCCAGUUUUGUCAGCUUCCUGACAAUUGGAUUCUAUUGGAGUGAAGAACAGGAAGAGAAUGCCAUGAUGACGUUUGAGGAGGAGAAGAUGCAGACAGCCUUUGAUGACCUCAGAGCCACUGAGAGACUUUGUGAGCGAGACAAUGCCGGGGUCAUCGAGACAAUCAAAAACAAGAUCAGGAGGAGUGACCCCCAGAGGUCAGGGGUGGCUAUGGUAGACCGCCUCCAGAGACAGAUCCUUGUGGCAGACUGCCAGGUGUACCUCGCUGUCCUCUCCUUCAUCAAACAGGAACUGUCAGCAUACAUCAGAGGAGGCUGGAUCCUCCGCAAAGCCUGGAAGAUGUACAACAAGUGUUACAGCGACAUCAGCCAGCUGCAGGAGUGCAGCAAGAAGAGGUCCUCCAACCAGCAGGUGUCUCCCUCUCCAUCCACUGACCAGGCCAACCACGGCGCGGCCAAGCUCCCAACCCAGAAGACCAAUGGGGUGAGCCCGGAGGCCCUAGCCCGGCUUAAGGGCUCGGUCAGUUUUGGCUACGGCCUGUUCCACCUGUGCAUCUCCAUGAUACCGCCGCACCUGCUGAAGAUCGUCAACCUUCUGGGUUUCCCCGGCGACCGUCACCAGGGGCUGUCCGCCCUUGCGUAUGCCAGUGAAAGUAAGGACAUGAAGGCCCCCUUAGCUACGUUGGCCCUCUUGUGGUACCAUACGGUAGUGCAACCCUUCUUUACCCUUGACGGUUCAGACACGCAGGCCGGUCUGAUGGAGGCGAAGGCUAUCCUCCAGAGAAAGGAGCCCGUAUACCCUAACUCCUCCCUCUUCAUAUUCUUCAAGGGCAGGGUGCAGCGUCUGGAGUGCCAGAUCAACAGUGCCUUGACGUCCUUCCAAAAUGCCUUAGAGCUGGCUACAGACCAGAGGGAGAUCCAGCAUGUUUGUUUGUAUGAAAUAGGGUGGUGCAGUAUGAUCGAGCUGAAGUGCGGUGACGCCUACAAGGCCUUUCAGCGUCUGGCGACUGAGUCACGCUGGUCCCAGUGUUACUACACCUACCUAACUGGAGUGUGCCAGGGAGCGUCAGGAGAUCUGGAGGGAGCUGCCGCUGUCUUCAAGGACGUACACAAGCUUUUGAAACGGAACAACAAUCAGAUCGAACAGUUCUCUAUGCAGAGGGCGGAGGGGCUAAGCAAACACGCCCCAUCCAGAGAGCUGUGUAUCCUGGCUGUGAUCGAGGUGCUUUACCUGUGGAAGGCCCUGCCUAACUGCUCCACCUCUAAGCUGCAGACCAUGAGCCAAGUUCUGCAGGAACUAGAUGACAUCUCAUGUGCCGGCCUGAAAAACCUGCUCCUUGGUGACAUACACAGAUGUCUCGGCAACAUGAACGACUCCAUUCAGUGCUUCCAUCUGGCUGCCAGAGAUGAGAUGGGUUGUCAAUACAACUCCUAUGUGCAGCCCUACUCCAUCUACGAGUUAGGCUGUGUCUUACUGGACAGCCCUGAGUCUAAAGCGAAGGGCAGAGCUCUGAUGCUCCAAGCCAAGGAGGACUAUGCUGGCUAUGACUUUGAGAACAGGCUCCAUGUGCGUAUUCAUUCAGCUCUGGCUUCCAUGAGGGAGGAGGUGACCCCACCGUGACAGCACCCUUUCUCCACCAUACAUCCAGCCUAGCUUGUGUUUGGGGUAGAAGGAGCUGGAAACGGCUCCCUUUAGAGAAGCCAUCUUGAUCUCCACAGCACUGUGAUGGUUCACUGCAAUGUGUUUUUCAGUUGACUUACGUUUUUUUUUUUUUUAUAAUGAAUGUGCCAUCAAGUUUGCAAUGUAUCGUUUACAGUAAGAGUUUCCUGGAGCGAUAAUGCAGGAAUAGUUAAGACUAUUGGACUGUGUUAGUGUGUUUUCAACCAGAUCAAAUAUGUUCAGUAGUUGCUGCUGGGAGGCAAAUGCAACUUUUUACCAGGGAAAAGUUUAUUGGGGGGGGGGGGAAAUCUAUCAAUGUCAGUGCUAUCUAAAUAGUACAGUCACAUCUUUAUUCUUUCCCAUGUGAUGGGAAAGGGUUCAGAUGCAGAACUGGGUAUGCCAUUGGGUAAGCCACACUUCAUUAUAAAUUAAGCAGUGCCUAGGUUGCUGCCAGAUUAUGACAUGAAUGUCCUGUUGCUGUUACAGUAGUAGACCAUCUGAAUGCAGAAAUCCUAUGCUACUACUCAUCACGUGGCCUUGUGGCACUGUAAAUUGGGGAGAUUUUUUUGGUUUUAAAGUUAAUUUCCUGCAAUUCUACACAUUUUGCCAUGGGUUGCAGAGAACAUUUUGCUGUUUUAAAGGCCCAGUGUUUUAUAUAUAUUUCUACACUAGGAGGUUGGAAUAAUGUUGACUGCAACGUCUCUCCACAAUCCUCAAGUCAAGAACAGACUAUGGGAGGCGCACAGUACUACAUGGGGCCAUGGCUACAUGGAACUCUAUUCCACAUCAGGUAACUGAUGCAAGCAGUAAAAUCCAAUAAAAAAAAAACAUAAAAAUACACCGUAUGGAACAGCGGGGACUGUGAAGAGACACACAGGCACAGACACCAAUACACAUGAUGUGGCAUGCACUCUACACACCUACAGAUGGAUUUUGUAUUAGAUGUGAUAGUAGAGUAGUAGCCUGAGGGAACACACUUAAUGUGUUGUGAAAAGUUGUAUUAAAUGUAAUAUUUUAAAUUGUAUAUAAAAGCCUUAAUGUUUUUGGAUCCCAGCAUUGCAGCAGCUAAUGGGGAUCCUUGAUACAAAUACAAAUAAUACUGUGAACAUGAUGAUAAUACCCUUUUAGUGUAAGAGCUGUUUGAGUUUUUGGCCUUCCAUGGUGACCUCACCGUGCGGUAAAUUAGUUAAUAGACCAAUAAGAAAGGGUUCCAAAUCUGCCAAUAACAGCACAUUGUCAGAUUUCCCCUCCCCACUCAGACCACUCCCAGACAGUACUAAUGAAAUUCUUUCUUGAGAAAUUGCUCUUUGAGAAAUUUUGCUCUUUGAGAAAUUUUUGUUUCUUUUUGGCCAUUUUAAUUUAAAACAAUCACAGUAAGGUACUUAUUUGUUACCCAGAAAUGAUUUGAUAUUGAGAUAAAAAAUGGCUGCAAUGGAUAUUUUUAAAGCAAGUUUCUGAAAUUCUACACAUUUUGCCAUGGGGUGAUGAGAACUUUGCAAUUGUAGAAAAAAAUUCAGUUUUACAGCUAAUUUCCUGCAAUUCUACUGAUUUUUGCCAUGGGGUGGAGUGACAUUUUUGCAGUUUUAAAGCUAAUUUCCUGGAAUUCUACACAUUUUGUAAUGACCUAUGCCAUGUUAAAAUAAUAUCUGAGUGAGAAUGACUAACAAAAUCAUUGUGUGCCCCCUGGAGGUCAGGGCCCCUGGGCAUGUGCCCUGCGUGCCUGGUCGCUAUUCGGACAAGUUUAGAUAGCUGGCUAGACUAACAAGCAAUAAUUGAGUGACUGUAAGUGACUUGCAUAACGAGAACAAUUGCUGAUGCACAACGAAAUGUAAAAAUUGAACGUGGUGUAUUCUAUUAUUCUUACUCUCAAUAGUAAGUUGAGACCCCGACUGAGUUCUUUAAAAAAUAUAUAUACAGUGCCUUCAUAAAGUAUUGACACCCCUUGAACAUAUUUUGUUGUUAAAUAGCCUAAAUUCAAAAUGAAUAAAAUUGUAUUAAAAAUC